GGUCUUAAGUGAUUCCGCAAUGGAAUGUUCUAUAUUAAUUCCAGCAAAUAAUAUUUAGAAUGGAUUUUCGGAUAUAAAUACUGACAGGGACUGGAUCUCAAAUCAGAUCACCGAAGAUGAAGCUCGUAUUAGCAACAAUAGCACUUUGCAGUUUAGCAAUUGUGUCGCAGGCACAAUAUCGUUCGAUAAAAAUCGGUGGAGUACCACUACUUUACUCAUAUCCACGAUCACAAUGCUCGUGCCCACCGGGACCGCCAGGGCCACCAGGCCCGCCAGGACCACCAGGUGACAAUGGACAUCCUGGUCCAAAGGGUUCUCCAGGAUCAUCAGGACGGCCGGGACCACGAGGACCAACAGGCCCACCAGGACCGUUUGGACCACCAGGACCUUCCGGUGAUAUCGGUCCUGCAGGACCGCCAGGGGAAACUGGAUCAAAUGGAAGACCAGGCCCACAAGGCCCACCCGGACCUCCAGGCAAUGAUGGACCACAAGGAGCACCUGGACCACGAGGACCUGAAGGACCUCGAGGACAUCGUGGAGCUGUGGGACAUCGACCUUGGUCCCGAAAUGCAUAUUGGACCCAGGAAUAUCAAUCUGAAACUGAAACGCCUAAGGAAGCUAGUAAAACUGAAGACUCAGAUGAAACUCAAUAUGCCAUUGAGGUUUCAAGAUCAGCCAAUCCCACACCUUAUAAUCAAAGGAGUAGCUACCCAAAUACAAGGAAAUAUAGCAAUAGAAGAAAAUCGAGACCUGAAUAUGUAGAAGAGGAAGACGACGACUACGAGGAGGAUUAUGAAUAGGAAUGAUGUAAGGCUUCUAGAAUUAAUAUUUAGACUAUUUUGUAACAAAAUAGUUAUAACUGUAAUAAAUUAGUUCAAUCAAUUGUAA